GUACAACAGAGUAAAGCCCAGCAAUUAAUGACUUUGCAAACUGGCAUUAAUCCUGGGUGUGAACAAAGACUAGUAGACGAUAAUAGUGUUCUUAUAUUGCUUGUGGAAAUUGAAUCCUAA